AAUAACACGCUGUGCGUCUGUGUAAGUGGAGUCUGUCGCCCGCUAUCGCCGAGCGCGUGUAGCGCGUCAGUUCAGCGCACGUGUGUUUCACUCAGCUGGCGCGUCGGUUGGCUCGCGCGCACCGCAGGAGACUCACGCAGAACGGAACGGAUUUACCGGAAUACGGUCGGAACGGCGCCGCAGGAUGAGCGUUUCUCCGGAGCAGCGCUGACGGAGCGACGCAGCCCGCUUCUGCUGUGAAUCAGAAACACUUGACCAACAGCCGGUUGUGACAAACCCCGAGUACCAAAUUGAGUUCACCUCUUCUUUUGCUUAAAAGUGUGUGCUGGUGUCCACUGGGAUAUUGUAGCGAUGUUCAUCUGUCAAUCACAGCAGAGCCGGCCUCCCGCAGCAGUUCGUGACCAAUCAAAAGUGGACAAGAGGGCAGAGCUGGUUUGAUGACUGACAGGCGAGACAUCCACUCAAAUUCUGAGCCCCGCCCCCACUCUUCAGCUCAGCGAUGGUCACAUAGAAGCACAGACACAUUUCUGUUGCACUCGUUUUACAUCCCAAUCAUCGUCUUCCUCUCUUCCUACUUCCUGUUCGUCGUCAAACGAGAGCUGGAACCGUCCCUCGCAGCAGGACACGUGGCCGAUGACCCCGACUACAUGACCCCGUCUCGGCCCCUCCCCUUCCUGUCUGGAGCGGGCGGGGCACUGCCGUCCGAUGGCUCUCGGACGGAUCCGGUCGUGCUGGUGUUCGUGGAGAGUCCAUAUUCGCAGCUUGGACAGGAGAUCGUGGCCAUCCUGGAGUCGGCGAGGUUCCGCUACCAGACAGAAAUCUCUCCCGGAAAAGGAGACAUGCCCACAUUAAUGGACGGACAGCGGGGCCGCUUUGUGCUUAUUGUUUAUGAAAACAUCCUGAAGUAUGUGAACAUGGACGCCUGGAACAGGGAGUUACUGGACAGAUACUGUAUCGAGUUUGGAGUGGGAAUGAUCGGUUUCUUUAAGGCCAAUGAGAACAGUCUGCUGAGUGCACAGCUGAAAGGAUUCCCACUUUUCCUGCACUCCAACCUGGGCCUGAAGGACUGUACCAUCAACCCCAAAUCCCCUCUGCUGCACGUCACACGAGCGCGACAGGUGUUUAGCGGUCCUCUCCCCGGGGACGACUGGACCGUCUUCCAGUCCAAUCACUCCACCUACGAGCCGGUUCUGCUGGCUAAAACCCGUUCAGCCGAGAGCACUGGACUCAUGCACACGUCCGUGGUUCAGGAUCUCGGGCUUCAUGACGGGAUCCAGAGGGUUUUGUUCGGACACAACCUCUCCUUCUGGCUUCACAAGCUGGUGUUUGUGGACGCGCUGUCCUUCCUCACCGCUAAGAGACUGUCUCUGUCCCUCGAGCGCUUCAUACUAGUGGACAUCGAUGACAUAUUUGUGGGAAAGGAAGGGACCAGGAUGAAGGUGGCAGAUGUGAAGGCGUUGGUUGAAACUCAGAAUGAGCUGCGCAGGUCGAUUCCAGAUUUCACCUUUAACCUGGGCUUCUCGGGGAAGUUCUUCCAUGCAGGUACUGAUGAGGAGGAUUGGGGUGAUGAUCUGCUGCUGUCGUAUGUUGAUGAGUUUUGGUGGUUUCCUCACAUGUGGAGUCACAUGCAGCCGCACCGCUUCCAUAACCAGAGUGUGUUAGCAGAGCAGAUGAUGCUGAACCGACGCUUCGCUGAGGAUCACUCAAUCCCGACUCGCCUGGGUUAUGCGGUGGCUCCUCAUCACUCCGGCGUGUAUCCCGUCCACAUCCAGCUGUACGAGGCCUGGAACGUGUGGGACAUCAGAGUGACCAGCACUGAGGAGUAUCCACACCUCAAACCCGCUCGAUUCAGACGCGGAUUCAUCCACCGCGGCAUCAAAGUUUUGCCCAGGCAGACGUGCGGUCUGUUCACACACACCAUUUUUCAUAAGGAGUACCCCGGCGGGCCGCAGGAGCUGGAGCGGAUCAUUGACGGAGGGGAGCUGUUCCUCACUGUCCUGCUCAAUCCAAUUAGCAUCUUCAUGACGCACCUGUCGAACUACGGGAACGACCGUCUGGGUUUGUUCACCUUUAAACGGCUGCUCGACUUCCUGCUCACCUGGACGCACCUGAAACUACAGACGCUUCCUCCGCUGCAGCUGGCCGACAAAUACUUCCAGAUGUUCCCGUCCGACGCCGAGCCGCUCUGGCAGGAUCCCUGUGAGGAUAAAAGACACAAGGACAUUUGGUCGAAAGAGAAAACCUGUGACCGUUUCCCAAAACUGCUGCUCAUUGGCCCUCAGAAGACGGGAGCAACGGCUCUCUAUCUGUUACUGGGGAUGCAUCCUGAUCUGAGUAGUAAUUACCCCAGUAAAGAGACGUUUGAGGAGAUUCAGUUCUUCAGCGGUCACAAUUAUCACCGGGGCAUCGACUGGUAUAUGGAGUAUUUCCCCCUCCCGUCCAACAGCAGCUCUGAUUAUUAUUUUGAGAAAAGUGCCAGUUAUUUUGAUUCAGAUAUAGCUGCGGUCCGAGCCGCAGCGCUGCUGCCCAGAGCGAAAAUCAUCACGGUUCUGAGUGACCCUGUGGACCGAGCUUACGCCUGGUACCAGCAUCAGAGAGCACAUGCUGACCCUGUGGCUCUGAAAUACUCUUUCCAUGAUGUCAUUACGGCAUCCCACAAUGCACCUGUGAAGCUGCAGGUCCUGCAGAAGCGUUGUCUGGCUCCAGGAUGGUACGCUACACACCUCUCACGCUGGCUCAAACACUACCACCACGACCAGAUUCUGGUUGUGGACGGUCAGACAUUGAAAACAGAUCCAGCAUCAGUCAUGGAAAAGAUCCAGACAUUUCUGGGUUUGGAGAAUCGGGUCGAUUACCACAAGAUUCUAGCGUUUGACCCCAAGAAAGGCUUCUGGUGUCAACUGCUGGACGGAGGAAAGACCAAGUGUUUAGGAAAGAGUAAAGGACAGAGAUACGCAGACAUGGACAUACAAUCUCAGGUGUUUUUGAGGAAGUACUACAGAGAUGCUAAUAUCCAGCUCUCUAAAGUGCUGUAUAAAACAGCUCAGGUUCUGCCCGGCUGGCUCAGAGAGGAUCUGCUCAACAUCAGGUAACAGAAGCUGUCGUUUGGUCAGCACCACAAACGUCUGGAGUGCCAUGAGACUCUCAAGAGUCGAGUCCACCGAUGGACAUACAGGAGGAGCAAACCACCUCUGACUGAAGACUGCUCUGACCUAGAUGAGUUUGAACUAAAACCAAGUUAAAGAACUGACUUAGUGCUUUAAAACUCACUGAUACGAAAUUUAUUUAAAGGCCAGUAUUUAUGAACUGACUCAUAUCUGUCCUGUUAUUGACAGACUGUGCUGGACUAAUAUGAAGAUCCUCAAACAAAUUGCUGCAGAAACAGAGACACUGAAACAUUUUUUUACUCAAAUUUGAUACAGACUCAAAAAUCAUGCCAACGAACUGUGACGUAUUCACAUUUUUUAACUUUUUGUUUUUACAUUUUUAGCUAGUUUUUGUGUUCUCGGGGCAGUUUUACAUUUUAUAACGUGGACUUUAAAGGAGUCGAUUUACUCACGCUUCAAACAGAGGACUUUCUUUCUUCUGUGAAACUUUGUUGAGCUCCAACAAUGACAGUAAAGUCCCAUCAAACAGUAGUGCACUAUAGUCCAUCUCUUCAGAAUUCAUGUGAUGCUCUAAAUCACAAACAGAUAUGUUGAAUUUUCUUCAUGUUCAUUAUAGAAAAUAUCUUUUGUGUUUUACAGAAGAAUGUCAUACAGGUUCGAACAAAAAGUGUGAGAAAUCAUUGUUUUUGGGUGUAUUAUCCAUUUAAAGUUGCAUCUCAUAAGCUAAAUAAUACGUAGUUAAAUAUUAGAGCUAAAUAAUAAUACAUUUCUACUCUUAGAACAUGAAUUUACAAUUUAAAGUGACAUUUAAGUGCAUUUUUUGUGUGUGAGAGAACAGCCUUUUAAUGUCAGUUUAUUUUCUCAUUAAACAGAAAACUGCUGAUUUUAUUCAAGAUAAAUGUGUUAAAGCAAUAGUUCACCCAAAAAUACUCAAAUUGAAUAUUGUUUGCUCUCACUGUUGUUCGAAACCUCUAUAUAACUUAAGAGGAACACAAAAUGUUUACAUUUUUCCUUUCAAAUGCUUCAUCGGGUUAAUGUUAGUGAAAUCAAACACACCACGGGCUCUCACAACUGCAUUUUUAUUUAUUUAUAUACAUAUUUUUUCAUGAAGGUCACCUGUCAUUUGUGUUCACUAGGGCUUGUUUGAAUUUCUGUCAUGCAUGAAGGUGAAAUUAUAUGAGAUAUUGAAUAUUGGGCAGAUGUUGAAAAAUAACUCAUGUGACCUUUGGAAAAACCCAUCACUGUUUUAUUACUACAGGGUUUAUAUGGUAGUGUCCAAAAACCGUGAUAUUAACACAGUUUCUAUGGAUUAAUGGAUAUGGUAAUAUGAAUAAAUGUAGGCAGAUUGAAGCAUCUCUCACUACAUGAUUCAGAAAUUAAUUCUCAUGUUUUCAUCUUUGCCUGAGAUCUGACCUGGUCAAACACAUGCAGAUUAGAGCAAAAUAAACCACACUUUUACUAAUGCUGGAGGUGUGUGUGUGUGUGUGUGUGUGUGUGAGAGUGAGAGAGAGAUAUUCUUUGAUGUCUGGUGUUGUUCCUAUGGUUACACAUUUCCUCAUCUCCUAAGUGUUUUUAUGAGUUCAAUUACAUUCAUAUUGUGUUUUGGUCUGAAAAGCUCCAGAGUUUUAGGUUAUUAAUGUGAGUUUCUCAUCUAAGAAAAUUUUCUGAAAAAAAAUUAAAAGCAUUUUGG